AUGGAUCAAAAUUUAUUUUUCAUGGGCGUUACUCUACGAUGUGAAGAUGUGAAAGCUCUAGCGAUGAAAUGUAGUACAUCAACAGCUCAGUUAAUCAAGCGCAGUGCGGCCAAGUUGCAAUAUAAAGUCCUAGUAGGGAGUACAAUGCAGUGGGAGAUUUUCGGUAGUAAAAAUCAUGAAGCCAUUAAAAGUGAAAUUCAAUAUGCUAUCAAACAUCGACGCCCUUGGCAAUAUCCACGACUAGCUUAUGUUGCUCAUUUCUAUUACUCAACUAUCUAUAAUUUAUCUUAUACUUAUAUCAAUAUGGUUAGAGAUCCACUCGAUCGUUAUUUGUCCCAUUACUAUUACCAAAGGUAUGGUGAUAGACCUAAAGAAAAAUUAAAGGAGAUGAGAAAUCUUGGCCAAUUCAAUGAAUCUUUACAGGACUGUUUCCAGCAACAACACCAAGGCUGCGAAUUAAAUGUCAUGACGAGGUUUUUUUGUGGUUAUGAUAAAUAUUGUGCUCUAGGUAAUCAACGUGCAUUACGUCAAGCUAAGAGGAAUAUUUUAACCAAUUAUGCAGUCAUUGGCUUGUUGGAAGAAUGGGAUUUAUCCAGUCAGUUGUUUCGUAAGAUAUUGCCUAACUUUUUUACGCAAAUUAAUGAAAAAAUUUCCAGAUAUAAAGUGAAUAAAAAUCGAAAAAAUGAACCGCUAUCACCGGGAUUAAUCAAAUCUAUUAAAGAAGCCAAUCAGGCCGAUUAUAAAUUAUAUCGUUUUAUCAAGCAAUUAUUUUGGACCCGAGUAACAAAAUGUGGUCUACAAAAUGGCAUGGAAUAA